ACACAGAAUAAUCAAUAACAUCAAUACGAAGAGGAAUGUGACAGCUGCAUUCCGCAUGGUUUCUGAUUACAGAUUAUACUUCUACAAGUGAUCAAAAUAACAAAUACGAAAAAAAAGAAGACAGGAAAGAAGUCCUGCAUCCUUAUUAAAGUAUUAGUCUUAUUUAAUAAUUACCAGCAAACAUGUCAGCUCCAAUAGGCACUGCAAUGGACAGCCUCAGUGCUGCUUUGAAAUCGAAGAUCAUACCUAACCAGGAGUAUUUCCUACAAGGUUCAGUACUCGACAGUGCAGUAGAGGUGCUUCUGCAUAGGUUACGAGGGCUGUGUGACAAUGUCGACACAGGGCCAGAACAAUUCCACGACCACGAGAUGUGUUUCAGUAUUAGAAGAGGACCACCACCAGACUUACCAUUACUUCUGAGAGUAAGAAGAGCUUUAGACUAUCAAGACAUGCCUUGGCAGCUCAGGUACAUUGGUCAACCAGAAUUGGGCGACAAAUCUCAACCAACAGUAGUUCGUAGUAGUCUUGACAUUGCAACUAGUAGUACAGUUGUUGAAUUCCUGAAUGAACUAGGUUGUAGAUUGGAUUUUGAGUACAUAAUUAGAGGGUAUAUGUUUAGAAAGGGCAGAAUGAAAGUUACUGUCUCGAAAAUUUUUAAAAUGAAUCAAGCAAAGAUUCCAGAUAGUAUGGAAGCGAUAUCGCAGAGUUAUCUGGUCGAGUUGAGCGUUCUAGCUCCAAGUGGACAGACUGCAAUUGCUGAAGACAUUAGGAUCUUUGCGGAACAAUUGAAACCUUUGGUGCAAUUGGAGAAAAUCAAUUAUAUAAGACAACACUAGUUUUGUAUUUUAAAUGGUAAUUUAAGCUGAAUAGAGAAGUCUAUUUAUAUAUGAAUAUUCUUUUUAUAAAAGUAGUUUUGUAAGAAAAAGAAUGGAUUUUUGUGAUAGAAGAUUUCUUGGACAUUAUGAUCUUAUAACACAAAGAUAUUUUAAAAAUGCUGAGCAUCUCAAUAAUUGACAAUCUUUUUGUAACGCAGUUCAAAAUCAAUAUACCAUUCAACAGCAGAAAA